UGUGCUCUGUCCCGUGGCUGUGCUGAGUGACUAAGCAGAGACCUACAAGCCAUGGAGGAGAUGGACAGCAAACCCUACCAACCUUUGUCUAAGGGACGCCAUGAGAUGGAGAUGUCCUAUACCAGCUCGUCUGACGAGAGCGAGGACGGCCGCGCCCACCACCGCUCCUACACCUCUCGUGAAACCCUCCCGGACUACACACACGAGCUGCGCCUCACACUCGGAUCUCACCGGGAGAGACAGAACAACUACAGCCAACCCCAACCAGAUUUAGACUUCUGCAAGGCCGGGCAGAUGAGAAGCCCGGACUACCACAUCCACCCCCAGCAGCAGCAGCAGCAGCAGCAGCAGCAGCAGCAGCAGCACCAGGAGGAGGAGGAGGAGGCGCUGUGCUCUGGACCGGCCGCUCACGUCCACAGCCGCUACUCCCUGGGCGUGGGCUCCGACGUGGACACGGAGCCGGAGGUGGACCCCUCUCCGAACCACGGCCUGCAGCACAUGUGGAUGCGUGGGCUGAAGUCCGAGCAGAGCUCCUGCCUGACGAGCCGUGCCAAUUCCGCCCUGUCCCUCACCGACACCGAGCACGACAGGAAGUCCGAGCCUGACAACG